AGGUACCAAACAGUCCUGAGCGGAGUUGGGACGACGAUCGAUACAUGUAUUAUAUUGUGAUGACACAUGAUUGAUUGUUAAAGACCGAACCAGCAGCAGCCAGAUUCUCUCGUUAUCGCCCUCCCUCCUUCCCUCUUUCCUGCAGUAAUAAAGAUCGGGCUUCGUGAUUCUGUUCCGUUCGUUCGUAAUCAACUGCGCCCAAUUUACUCAUCAAUUCAAGCUCGAAUCUAAGCCAGGGUUCCAACUUCUAAUCAAUAGCCUUCAUUCUCGAUGAGCUUCGUUGCUUAAUAUCACUACUGACGGCGUCGUGGUGCCAAUAUUUGACCCCCCGAGGUCAGUCAUUUGAGAUACAGUGAGAUAGAGAGGAUAGGCGCAGAAAAGAUUCCGUUUUGCAAGAGAAGAAUCUAUCGACUUUACUCGCGUUUUUUGUCGGUGACAAAAUUUGGAGUUGAGAAUUUCGGAUAGGAAAGAAGACGUUGACCCUUUUGACUGAAAAUUAAUUGGAAUUCACUUUGCUGUUUAAUUGGGCCAUCUCAUGAUUCAUCUAAGACGAAGUUGGUGAAUUAUUAGGGGAGGGUUAUCCUUUCGCCAUGCCUUCUCUACAGCUACUGCAGUUGACUGAACAUGGCCGUAAACUUCUGGCCUCAAGAAGGAAAUCCUUGUUACUUGCCACUGGUGUAGCAGUUGCGGGAGGGACAGUUGCUUACUUGCAUUCCAGGCAUCACCAGAAAAGAUAUGAUUCUUUCAGUAAUUACAAGGGGCUUGGAGAAAAUGAUGAACAAGUAGAGAAGGUGAAUGGAGAUGAAAAUAUUGUGAAGAAAAGUAGACAAAAAAAGAAAAAAAGUGGAUUGCAGUCGCUUCAGGUCCUGGCUGCGAUUCUUCUGUCUCGUAUGGGCCAGAUGGGUGCGAGAGAUAUUCUAGCGUUGGUGGGAGUAGUGAUGUUGCGAACCGCUUUAAGCAAUAGAUUAGCAAAAGUGCAGGGAUUUCUGUUCCGAGCUGCUUUUCUUCGGCGAGUCCCAACAUUUUUCCGCCUGAUUUUUGAAAAUCUUUUGCUUUGUUUUCUUCAUUCAACCUUGCAUUCAACAUCCAAGUACAUAACAGGGACUUUGAGCUUGCGAUUCAGAAAAAUAUUGACAAAGCUCAUCCAUACUCAUUAUUUUCAGAACAUGACAUACUACAAAAUAUCACAUGUUGAUGGCCGGAUAACAAACCCUGAGCAAAGAAUUGCUAGUGAUGUACCAAAAUUCUGCUCCGAAUUGAGUGAACUCGUGCAAGAUGACCUCAUAGCAGUGACCGAUGGUUUGCUAUAUACUUGGCGCUUGUGUUCGUACGCAAGUCCAAAAUAUGUUGUCUGGAUAUUGGCCUAUGUUCUAGGAGCAGGUACCUUGAUCAGAAAUUUCUCCCCUGCCUUUGGGAAGUUGAUGUCCAAGGAACAACAGCUUGAAGGGGAAUAUCGCCAGCUUCAUUCACGAUUGAGGACACAUGCAGAAAGCAUAGCAUUUUAUGGUGGUGAACAUAGAGAGGAAUACCAUAUUCAGCAAAAGUUUAUGAAUCUUUUUCAACACAUGGGAGCUGUUCUGCAUGACCAUUGGUGGUUUGGCAUGAUCCAGGAUUUUUUGCUAAAGUAUCUUGGGGCUACAGUUGCUGUUAUACUGAUAAUUGAACCUUUCUUUGCUGGUAAUUUAAGACCAGACUCUUCGACUUUGGGACGGGCUGAGAUGUUGAGCAAUUUGAGAUAUCAUACAAGUGUUAUCAUAUCAUUAUUUCAGUCCUUGGGAACACUUUCCAUUAGUUCAAGACGUCUUAAUCGUCUAAGUGGUUAUGCUGAUCGUAUUCAUGAACUCUUAACCGUAUCAAGUGAGCUGAGCAUUCACGAGGUCUCCUCUUUACAGAGAAAGGGAAGUAGAAAUUGUGUUAGUGAAGCUAACUACAUCGAGUUUGAUAAUGUUAAGGUUGUUACCCCUACUGGUAAUGUUUUGGUGGAGGAUUUGACACUGAGGGUUGAAUCAGGGUCCAAUCUAUUGAUUACUGGUCCAAAUGGUAGUGGAAAAAGCUCACUUUUUAGAGUUUUAGGGGGCCUCUGGCCUCUGGUAUCUGGAAACAUAGUCAAGCCAGGAGUUGGUUCAGAUCUCAAUAAAGAGAUAUUCUAUGUACCUCAACGGCCGUAUACUGCUGUUGGAACACUUCGUGAUCAAUUAAUUUAUCCUCUUACAGCAGAUCAAGAGAUUGAACCUUUGACAAAUAGUGAGAUGACUGAACUAUUAAAGAAUGUGGACCUUGAAUAUCUACUAGAUCGUUAUCCUCCUCAAAAAGAGGUAAAUUGGGGAGAUGAGUUAUCUUUGGGGGAACAGCAAAGAUUGGGAAUGGCCAGACUCUUCUAUCAUAAGCCAAAAUUUGCUAUUCUUGAUGAAUGCACCAGCGCUGUGACAACUGACAUGGAAGAACGCUUCUGUGCUAAAGUCCGAGCAAUGGGAACCUCUUGCAUUACAAUCUCCCACCGCCCUGCACUGGUUGCAUUUCAUGAUAUAGUUUUGUCCUUGGAUGGUGAAGGAGGCUGGAGUGUGGAUUACAAGAGAGGGGAUUCUCCAGCUCUAAGCGAAGGUGGAUUCAACACACUGAAGUUGUCAGAUACAGUUCGCCAAAAUGAUGCCAUGGCUGUUCAGCGAGCAUUUACAAAUACUAAAAGGGAUCCUGCCUUUUCAAAUGCAAAGUCAGAACCUUACGUGUCAGAGUUGAUAAGAAAAUCACCUCCAGUUCUUCCUGAUGUUUCAUUGCCUGUAAUUCCACAACUUCGGGUUACUCAAAGAUCACUUCCUCUCAGAAUAGCUUCCAUGUUUAAAAUACUUGUGCCAACAGUAAUGGACAAGCAGGGUAUGCAGCUUCUUUCAGUUGCUAUACUUGUGAUAUCAAGAACCUGGAUUUCUGAUCGCAUCGCCUCUUUGAAUGGGACAACUGUGAAGUAUGUUUUGGAGCAAGAUAAAGCUGCAUUCACUAAACUUGUUGGUGUCAGUGUUCUUCAAAGUGCAGCAUCUUCAUUUGUUGCCCCUUCUUUGAGGCACUUGACAGCCAGACUUGCCCUUGGUUGGAGGAUCCGUUUGACUCAACAUUUACUAAAAAACUAUUUGCGAAAUAAUGCUUAUUAUAAGGUUUUCCACAUGUCAAAUGUUAAUAUAGAUGCAGACCAGAGAUUAACUCAAGAUCUGGAGAAAUUAACUGGUGACUUGUCGGGAUUAGUCACUGGAAUGGUGAAACCAUCUGUUGACAUUUUAUGGUUCACAUGGAGAAUGAUGCUGUUAACUGGUAGAAGGGGUGUUGCCAUUUUAUAUGCUUAUAUGUUGCUGGGUCUAGGUCUUCUGAGAAUUGUUGCUCCUGAUUUUGGUGACUUAGCAAGUCAGGAACAAAAGCUUGAGGGAAUGUUUAGGUUCAUGCAUGAGAGAUUACGCACACAUGCUGAAUCUGUGGCAUUCUUUGGAGGUGGUGCCCGAGAGAAAGCUAUGAUUGAAUCAAGGUUUAAGGACCUCCUUGAUCAUUCUGCAUCACAUCUUAAGAGGAAAUGGCUCUUUGGCGCACUGGACGAUUUUAUCACCAAGCAACUCCCACAUAAUGUUACAUGGGGUUUGAGCUUAUUGUAUGCUAUUGAACACUCAGGGGAUCGAGCUCUGACCUCCACUCAAGGUGAAUUAGCCCACGCUCUACGUUACCUAGCAUCCGUUGUAUCACAAAGCUUUUUGGCUUUUGGUGACAUCCUUGAACUACACAGAAAGUUCCUUGAGUUGUCUGGAGGGAUCAAUCGAAUUUUUGAGCUUGAAGAGCUUCUUGAUUUUGCCCAAAAAGAUGAUUCUAUUACUGAGACCAUGUCAUCAAUGAAUUCAAAUGAUGCUAUUGUCAUCUCUGAUGUGGAUAUCAUCAGCCCAGGACAGAAAUUAUUAGCUAGGAAAUUGACUUGUGAAAUAAUGCCAGGAAAAAGUUUGCUUCUUACUGGUCCAAAUGGGAGCGGAAAAAGCUCUAUCUUCAGGGUUCUUCAUGGACUUUGGCCAAUAGUCAGUGGGAAACUAAACAAACCCAUCCAAAGAAUUGAUGAAGAGGCUAAAUGUGGAUGUGGUAUCUUUUAUAUUCCUCAGCGUCCCUAUACAUGCUUGGGAAGUUUGAGGGAUCAAGUUAUAUACCCUCUUUCUAAUGAGGAGGCAGAAAAAAGGGUAUUAGCAUUGUAUGGCAAUGGUGAACCGUCAACAAAUGGCCAGGAAAUUCUUGACAAACAUUUGAGAAGCAUUCUGGAGAAUGUAAAAUUGCUUUAUCUUUUGGAAAGAGAAGGUAACUUUAAUGUUAAUCAGAACUGGGAAGAUAUGUUGUCUCUUGGAGAGCAGCAGAGAUUAGGCAUGGCACGUUUAUUCUUUCACAAGCCUAAAUUCGGAAUCCUCGACGAAUGCACCAAUGCUACUAGCGUUGAUGUUGAAGAACACCUUUACUGUCUCGCCAAGGAAAUGGGAAUCACGGUUGUUACCUCUUCACAGCGACCUGCGUUAAUUCCAUUCCAUUCAACAGAAUUGAGGUUGAUUGAUGGAGAGGGUACGUGGGAGCUUCGAUCUAUCGAACACUGAAUGGGCAUAAUUUUUUGUUCUUAUUUUAUAAAACAAAAUCAACUUGUGCAUGCCGGUUCUAAUGAUCGGAUACUGCUUGAUUAUUCGCAUAAAGCAGUCGAGUGUGUCUUAGUCUAUUGCAAUAUACUUUUUAUUAAUUUUCAGUCAUAUGGAAUAGUUGGUUGUGUAUUCUUGGGUUAUAGGAAAGUUUAUUUAUUGACAUAAAUUAAGCUCCUUGUCCUAAGCCUACUAGUAUAUUAUUAUACUACCCUUAUCAAAUAAAAUUAGGCAAUGGGAAAUUCUUGAGGUGUC